AAGGGGAGGGAGAGAGAAAGAGAGAGAGAGGUAGAGCACCACACACAACGAGGGAACCCCAUCAGCUGGAAGUCGAGUAACAUUACAACUCUCAGCAGCCUGAAACUACUACAUUACACAGCCGAGGGAUUCAUAUCUUCUCUGAGGAUUUAACCCGGAUCACUCAUUUUUUGCUCUCUAACGUCAUCAUUCUUCUUUUAUUCUACCAAGACUGUUUGCUGCUUUUUUGAGAGGGGGGGGGGACCAAACUGGCGAGAGGCGAGCAUGGAGUAUUUCAUGGUACCAGCUCAGAAGGUGCCCUCCUUGCAACAUUUCAGGAAAACGGAGAAAGAAGUGAUUGGAGGUCUUUGUAGUCUGGCCAACAUUCCUCUGACCCCAGAAACAGCCCGGGACCAAGAGAGGCGAAUCCGCAGAGAGAUUGCCAACAGCAACGAGCGUCGGCGUAUGCAGAGCAUCAAUGCUGGAUUCCAGUCACUUAAAACACUCAUCCCACACAGUGAUGGAGAAAAGCUCAGCAAGGCUGCCAUCCUGCAACAGACCGCAGAGUACAUUUUUACUUUGGAGCAGGAGAAGACGCGGCUAUUGCAGCAGAACAGUCAGCUCAAACGAAUCAUACAAGAGUUAAGUGGUUCCUCCCCAAAGAGGAGGCGUGCAGAGGAGAAGGAUGAAGGGAUUGGUUCGCCAGACAUCCUGGAGGAGGAGAAGACCGAAGAUUUGCGGAGGGAGAUGAUUGAGCUGAGGCAGCAGCUGGAGAAAGAGCGGUCAGUCAGGAUGAUGCUGGAAGAUCAGAUGCGUUCCCUGGAUGCGCAGUUGUACCCAGAGAAACUGAAAGCGAUCGCACAGCAGGUCCAGGAGCAGCAGGCCCAGCCACAGAGCCUUGUUCGUCUGCAGCAGCACAAGCAGCUGGAGAGGGACCUCACUCCAGCUCAUAGCCCACAGGUGUUGGCCCCGGCAACCCCUCCUGCACCUACACACCAUGCUACGGUCAUCGUCCCUGCACCUGUCCAGCCCGCUCAAUCCCAUCACGUCACUGUGGUAACCAUGGGCCCGACAUCAGUUAUCAAUACAGUGUCCACAUCUCGACAGAACCUGGACACCAUUGUUCAAGCAAUCCAGCACAUUGAGGGCACCCAGGGGAAGGGUUGUGUCGGCGAGGAAGAGCAGCGAAGGGCAGUCAUCGUCACUUCAGGUCGCGUCCUCUCCGACGCGGCGGGUUCAGACACCGCCUCAAACAGCGACGGGCCUGACGACUGUUCACUUCCCUGAGUUCAUCCCACGGCGUCUCGUGCGUACACUUAACACGCAUACACAGAAAAGGCCCGCGCAGACCAGGGCUAUGGGAGGCUUCAAACCCACAGCACUCUUGCUCAGUGGACAUUAAU